CGUUAUGGUCAACAAACACCCAUUGAUAUUGAUUCUUAUUUUAAGCAAAAUAAUUUUCAACUUAUUUCUUAUUGGUCAAAUUUAUAUAAUUUAAGUAUACAAUAUAAUAUGAAAUAUUUAAAUUCUUUAAAAGUAUUUUUGACUAUAAAUAAACAUAUUCGUUUUGAUUAUAAUCCAAUUAUACGUAAUCAAACAAGUCAAAUAAUGGAAAAAAUAAUUAAUCAAUUGAGUGUUGAUUAUGAAAAUAAUGAUAUAUCUAGUCAUCAUAUUCUUAUUGAAAAAUCUCUACAUCAACUUAUUGAUUUUCUUGAUGUUAUUAAUCAACGUUUUGUUAAAAAUCAAACAGAUAUAUAUUUUUUAAAUAAUUUAAUAUUACGUAUGAUUGUUGAUGAAUUUUUACCUAAAGAGACAAAAACGGAUAAAAAUAAAGAAACAAUUGAGAGAACAUAUUCUUUUAUUCGAAAAAUUGUCGAUAAUUUUUAUACAAGACGAAAUACAAUCAAAAUAAAUGAUGAAACAUUAAAUUAUGUCCAUAAUCGACUAGGUCUACAAAUUUCUUCUCAAAAUCAACAACAACAAAAAAGUACAAGUUUUAUGUCCAAUGAAAUAAAAAAGACAGUAACUAGUGGUGAUCUUAAUCAAUAUUUACCAUCAUCUAAAUAUGAUCAAAAACAACAAAAAUUUCAUGAAAAUAUGGAUAAUGAUAUUUAUAUGAAACAAUUAUCUAAAAAAUUGACUAUACGUGAAUUAGAAGAUCAUCUAAUUGAAUUAAAACAUAAAAAAUUAAAUAUAGCUGGAGUAAUUAAUAAAUUACUUAGUCGUUAUUGUACAGAAUGUUUAGAUGGUGAAAAAACAUUGCCAAAAGUAAUGUUUGAUAAUUAUUUUAAACGAAUAGAUGAAUUAGAAACAAUUUAUUUUGAUAAAACACAAAUAAGUGGUUAUCCAUCACCAGGUGUUAUUGCCAUAUUAAUAGAUUAUUAUUCUCGUAUUAAUUUAAAUUUAGAAAAAGUAACAAAUUAUAUGAAUUUAACAAAUGAAUUAUAUCCUGAAUUUAAAUUAGAUCCACAUAAAUGUGUAAGUGUAAUAAGAUUAUUAAUUAAUAAAAAUUUGUAUGAUAAAGCUAUUGAAUUAAUUGAACAAAUGGGUAAAUUUGAUAUAGUACCACAGUAUAUGUAUCGACGUGUAAGAGAUUUAUUAUUAGAUUCAUAUCAUUCAUUAUCUUAUAAUCAAUAUUCUUAUCUUGUUGAUUUAUUAAUUCAAAAUAAUUAUGUUGAUCCAUCAGCAACAGUUCUAUCAGUAAUUGUAAGAAAAUGUUAUGAAGAACAAGGACCAUUACCUGCAUUUGAUAAAGUAAAAAAUUUAUUAUUACAAUAUAAUAAUUUAAUAUGUUUAUUUCCAAUAAUACGUAAAUUAUUGAGAGAUGAUUGUACGGAUGAUUUAAAACAAGUACUUGUUAAAAUUGGUAAAAUACGUACAAGAACAUAUGCCUAUGAACAAUUGGCAUUUGCAUUAAUACAUGAAGGACGAUUAAAAGAAGCUGUUCGAGUAUGUCAACAUAUUACACGUUCAACAUUUGAUGAACAUUGUCAACGAUAUGUUAGAGAAUUAUUAUAUUUUCCAUCAUCAACUAUUAAUAAUAAACAAGAAAAUAAAAUAAAAAAUCAUGAUAAUGAAGUUGAUCAUGUUUUUGAUACAAAUCAAAUAUCAUUAAUUAAUUUUCUUGAUUAUAUUGAACAAUAUCCAACAAAUUCACGUCAUAUAUCGCUUGAUACACUCUUCUAUAGUCUAUUUAAAGCCUACGAGAAAAUGGAACGUCUAAAUGACUUAAAAUCAUUGAUAGUACAGUACAAUAUGUACAAAUAUUCUACAAAAUUAUCGGAUAAAACAAAACAAUUAUAUGAACAAGCCAACUUUGAUUUAACAUCAUCGCCACCACAUGUUCAACAAAAAAAAUAUACAAAUAAUCGAUUUUUACGUGAUAAAGAUUAUGAGGAUAUGAACGAAGACACUGUUGUCAGAAUAUAG